GACAUGAUGAUCGAAUGUAAUAACUAGAUAAUCGCGGCUAAAUUGUGUCACGAUUGUUGAUAUUUUGUGUAGAAACUUCCUUGUUUCCGAAGUAAUAGGGUGAAUUAUUUGAAGAGGGAGUGAAGACGAAAUCUCAACGUUAACAGCGAACAAAACUCAAAAUGGAGGAAGAAAGCGGCGAACAUUCACUAACAAGACGUCAACAGGCUGCUCACUUGUGCACAUUAAACUUUUCAUUAAGAACACGAUUUAGCUUAUAUUUGAACCCAGAGAGUACGAGCGAAAGCGAUACUGGAAUUGUUGGUGACUAUCGUGGUUUAGCAGAAUUGGUUGGUUUUGAAUACAUUGAGAUUAAAAACUUCGCUUUAAAGAAAAAUCCUACCUUGGAACUCUUAGACGAAUGGACAGGAAGGGCUGAUCUAGAACCAACCGUCGGUAAACUAGUUGAAUAUUUGACAAAAAUGGAAAGAAAGGAUAUACUGUCGGAUUUAUAUGCUCGUAUAGUUGAAAGUAUAGAACAUUAUGAAAAAAGAAAAGCCCAUUUACAAGCAUCGCCAUUACAAGACCAAACAGUUUCCCAGAGUACAUUUAAUGAUCAUGGUGUCGACGAAACGCGAAUUAUGACAACAGACGAUGUGGAAAAAGGUUCUCCUCAGUACUACGAUGCAUUUGUCUGUUAUAAUCCCGAGGGUUCAGACUUAAAGUUUGUAAAAGAUAUGCUUAAAAUUUUAGAAAAUUCGCCAUAUAAUUUAAAAUUAUUUGUACCUGGACGAAACGACUUACCGGGUGGAUCAGCCCAUACCAUUAAUGCAAGUCUGAUAGAAAACAGAUGCAGAAGAAUGGUGAUCAUCAUGUCUCCGCGUUAUCUUCAGAGUCAGGCCUGUGACUUUCAGACGAAGUUUGCAUUCUGCUUGUCUCCAGGUUCACGUAGUAAGAAGCUUGUACCUGUUCUUAUAGAAGACUGCCAAGUUCCCGCCAUUUUACGACAUGUAACUAUGUGUGAUUACACCAAACAAGACUUACAGGAGUGGAUUUGGGGACGACUUGUGAAUGCUAUAAAAGCACCUUUAAAUUCUAUAGUGUGGGACAAAUCGCCAAAUACACUUUCUGAAAUAUCUUUAAACAUAUCAUCGAGUUUUAAUGAAAUCAAUGAAAGUUCUAGUAGCUCCUCUAGCUCCAGCUCGAACACUGCAUCAUCAAGUAGAAGCUCCUCCUCAGCUCCUAGAAGUCAUCCCAGAAGCAGCGCGGCUGCUACUCCAUCUUCCUCGUGUUAAUUAAGGAGUGAUUCGACCGUAGUGUAUAGGGCUUCCAUUAGUCAUAAGUUUGUAAUGAAUGUUCAAGCUACAUUAUUUAUAUACAUAUUCGCUGUUUAGGUUGGUGGUUGCAUUUUGUGAUUUCAAACUUGUGUUAAAACCUUAGUUAAGCAAAAGGCUAAUAGCCAUUCUUUCAACAAAAUUAAAGGUCUAAAGGUUUUCUUUACACAGCACCUUCAGCGCAGUAGUCAUAACUAGUUGGUAUAAGCAAUAUGAAAUUGUAUUGUAUAAAAUUUAGAAUAGCAAACUUUUGUAGCUAUAAACACUGAAUUGUGGAAACAAUUUUUAUAGUGAUCAAAGUGUCGAAAAGAAAAUAAUUUUAUUUUCAUACACUCAAACGUAAAUUUGGUAAAUUGUCGUUACACCUGCCUUUCGGUCCUUAAUUAUAUAAUUCCUUGUGUACGCACUUAUGGCUAGAGUUCUCAUCUAUCCAUAAUUCACGAUUAUUACUUUUAGAAUUAUUUCCCUUUGUCACUUCAACUUAUGCAAAAUAUUUAUGCCCUUGUAGAAAGCGGUUGAAGAUUUUCAACGAUAAUUACUUGCAGGCUUAUGACAGUUGGAAAAUGUUGUGGACGCUGACAAGUAGAAGGUUAAACCCCAUAUAAUGCAUUCAUUAGCAUUCGAUGAGACUAAGAAUCCGAUACAUUUUAUACCAAUACUUAAGAACAUAAUUAUAGUCCUUGGAACAAAAUCUUGUGGUUGUCCAACGGCCACAUUUUAUCAUCUGAUGUACUUGGAAUGUAUAUACAGUGUUUAUAUUCAUCGGAAGAAGGAUCAUCUAGAUUUUCAACUAUUUCCGAUUAGCAUGUGAUUUAAAAGAGUUCUUGAUUUUAGCGCCAGAAAGAAACCGACCGAAUGGUAACGUUUUACUGUACUUGCAUUUUACAUUGGUGCAUUUUAAAUCUUAUACUACGCUUUAUAUCAUAAAAAUUACAUUACGACUUAAGCUUUACGGCUUGAACAUACGACUAAAUUACAGGGGGCGUAUGUUUCGUUACCAUGCAUCACAUCUUUAGACCUGAAAAAAUAUCUCUAUUUCAAUAUGUAAUCUCAUACUUUAAAUAAUUUACAUGUGUUAUAGGACCAUUGUUUAUCGCCAAGAAUCCAACCUCGUGGGUUUUCUCCGGGUCCUCCGGUUUCCUCCCACUGCUAAAGACCCCUACGCGCAAGCGAAUUAUGUAAAUAAAAUUAAACCAUAUGUUAGUCCCGAAAUGACCUAAUUUGUGUCGAGUGGACGUUAAACCCCAUUUCUCUCUCUCUCUCUCUCUCUUAUCGCCAAGAAGCAGAUUAUUAGAUUAUUCGUGACAUAUCAUAAUUCAAUCAUAUUGUAAUUUUUUCAUUAUUAAUUGAUUUUAGACAUGGAUGUAUCUUUCUUAGAAUAAUAAAUAGAAGUCUUUAUAGAUAUUUGUAUACGAUAAAACUAUCAAUAAAUCUAUGAGAUAAUACUUUUUGUAGAGAAUUCGCUGUAUGCAUUGUAAAUAAAGUUUUUUUUCCUAAA